AUGUUGAAAUGUCUACGUCUCAAAUUAUUUGAAUGUUCUGCAACAAAGUUACACCAAAAAAAUUUUUCAUUUCAUACAAAUACUCGACAAAAUUUUCUUACUUGCAAUUCAAAUAAGACUUCUUCACAAGAAAAUAAUCUUUCCGUACAUAACAUUCAAUAUUCUUUUGAGCAUUUUGAAAAUUAUCCUUAUCCUACUUUUGAAAAUAAUAACCUGCUACCCGAAUUAAUCAUGCCUAACUAUGCUAAUGGAAACGGUCAUUAUACCUCCAACAAAAUUGAAAGCGUAGCAAGAUCACCUUACCUUAACAAAGGAACUACUGCGCCCCUUUCCUUACGAAAUGCCCUAAAUACUGCCGGUCUUUUGCCAUCUACCGUAGAAACUGUCGAAAAACAAAAGAAAAGGGCUUUGACUCAAUUGAGAUCUAAGUCAUCCCCUUUGGAAAAAUACAUUUUUCUUGCAUGGCUUAGAAAUACUAAUGUUAAAUUAUUUUAUAGUAUUGUUAUCGAGGAAUUGGAGGAAAUUACCCCUCUUAUCUACACUCCAACCGUUGGUACCGCUUGUUUGGAAUAUUCCCAUAUAGCUCCAUUCCUUGCCCCACCGGGAGUACCAGAUGGACUUUUCCUUUCUUUGAAUGACCUUCCGAAUUUAACUCAAAUAAUCAAAAGCUAUCGUCCGUAUCCAUUUGAUGAUUCUUUAACCCCACAAAUUGCCGUGAUCACUGAUGGAUCAAGAAUUCUGGGUUUAGGUGAUUUGGGUGUGAAUGGUAUGGGAAUCCCCGUUGGAAAACUUCAAUUAUAUGUGGCAGCAGCAGGAAUUGACCCUCGACGUACUUUGCCAAUCACCGUUGACUUUGGUACUAAUAAUGAAAAAAAUUUGAAUGAUGAAUUCUACCUUGGCCUUCGAAAAAAGAGAGUGGAUGACGAUCAAUUUUAUUCAUUUAUGGAUGCUGUCAUUAAAUCUUUAAUUAAAGUACAUCCCAAGUUAUUGAUUCAAUUCGAAGAUUUCUCGUCUGAACACGCAUUUGACCUUUUAACCAAAUAUCGAGAUAAUACUUUCUGUUUUAAUGAUGAUAUUCAAGGAACGGGGGCUGUAAUUCUAUCUGGCUUUAUUAAUGCUGUAAAGCUUGUAGAAAAUGAAAUUCAUCCAACAGAACAUCGAUUAUUGUUUUUCGGUGCUGGAUCUGCUGGUGUUGGCGUUGCCAAACAACUGAUUGAAUUCUUCAAAGUGGAACAUGGAAUGUCUGAAGAAAAUGCAAAGAAAUUGGUUUGGUUGGUAGACACAAAGGGACUUGUAACGCUUGACCGUGGUGACAAAUUGGCCAGACAUAAAGUAUUUUUUGCCCGUGAUGAUAAUGAUGGAUGUCAAUUUAAAAAACUUGAAGAAGUUAUAGAAUACGUCAAACCCACUGCACUUAUAGGAUUAUCAUCAACCGGCGGAGUAUUUAAUAAAAAUAUUAUUAGAAGAAUGGCUGAAUUAAAUAAAAAUCCAAUUAUCUUCCCAUUAUCUAAUCCAAUGGUUAAUGCUGAAUGUACUUUUGAUACUGCAAUGAAAGAAUCAGAUAAUCGUGUUAUAUUUGCCUCCGGUACGGCAUUUCCAUCAUAUACGAUACCAGAAACUGGUAAAACAAGACAUCCAGGUCAAGGAAAUAACAUGUACAUUUUCCCUGGAUUAGGUUUAGGUGCGAUUCUUGCUAAGCCAGAACGUAUCACUGAUCGACAAAUAUACACAUCUGCAUCAGCAUUGGCAACUUCGUUGACAGAAGAAGAAAGAUCGUCGGAAUUACUUUAUCCCGUUGUGAGUCGCAUUCGUCAUGUAUCAGCUCAAGUGGCUGCAGCGGUAAUCGUUGAAGCAGUAGAUGAAGGUUUAGCACGCGAUGAACUAAUUAUUAAUAUGGUACAAAAUGAUUGUGAAGAACUUAAAACUCGACAAGGAGAAAAAUGGGAGAAAUUGGUUAAAUUUGUUCAAGAAAACAUGUGGGACCCUA